AUGGAACCUGGUGGAAAAGAGUACAACUACGCAGCCGCUUCAAAAGGAGCAAAGGUCUUAUCUUCUAACAAGGAAUCAAAAGGAGCCACAAGCAUCUUAAGCCCAGACAACGACAAGUAUCUCAUGAACCCGUGUUCCACUGAAGACAAGUUCGUUGUAAUAGAACUUUCAGAAGAAACACUGGUGAACACAAUCAAGAUUGCAAACUUUGAGCAUUACUCAUCUAAUCUGAAGGAGUUUGAGAUUCUUGGAACGUUGGUUUAUCCUAGUGAUGCUUGGGUUCAUCUUGGGAACUUCACAGCUUUGAACAUGAAGAAUGAGCAGAACUUUACACUAGUGGAUCCUCAAUGGGUGAGAUAUCUAAAGGUGAAUUUCUUAAGUCAUUACGGUUCAGAGUUUUACUGCACCUUGAGUUUACUAGAAGUCUAUGGAGUGGACGCUGUGGAACGAAUGCUGGAGGAUUUAAUAUCUAUUCAAGACGAAAACAUAGUGAGACUCACUCAAGAAAGAGACAGUGAGAAGCCAGUCCAAGUGAUAGAGGAUGGGAGUAAACAAAAGGAGAAGGAACAAGAAACAUCACCAGAGAGUGGGGUUGUGAAAGCUGAAGUAUCAACUGAGAGAAAGAAGCUGAUGGAUACAGUGGGAGAGCUGAAACAUCACCAACCAGGAAGCAGGAUGCCAGGGGACACAGUGCUGAAUAUACUCAUGCAGAAGAUAAUGUCGUUGGACUUGAGUUUAUCAGUUCUGGAGAGUUACUUGGAGGAACUUAGUUUAAGAUACAUGAACAUAUUCAAGGAGAUGGAUGUAGAGGCGAUCAAGAGAGAGAAGGAGGUGGGGGAGAUGAGUCUAGAGUUAGAUGAAAUGAAGGAGAGGGAAGAGAAGAUGAAGAGAGAGGCAAUGGAGAUGAGAGAGUGGAGAAGAAAAGUGGAGACAGAGCUUGAGAAGGGUGAGAAUGAGAAGGAGAAAGUGAUGGAAAAGUUGGAGGAAGUUUUGGAAAAGAUGGAGUGGAUGGAGAAGAAAGGUGUGGUUGUGUUCACCAUCUGUGUUGGGUUUGGGGCUAUGGCGAUUGUAGCCGUGAUUCUUGGGAAGUUGAUAGGUUUAGCAGAGAAGCAAGCCGACUUGGCUUGGCUUCUGUUAUUGAUAAGCUCUAUAUUUGUUAUGUUCGUUUUGUCGCUUUGA